AUGAUUGAGAAGAUUGCUAGAGACGUUUCAAACAAACUAAACACUACAAUCUCUUGGGAUUUUAAAGACAUGGUUGGCAUUGGUAAGACUACCAUUGCGAGAGCUUUACAUAGCCGACUCUCUAGCAGUUUCCAGCUUACUUGUUUUAUGGAGAAUAUUAGAGGAAGCAAUAAUAGUGGUCUUGACGAGUAUGGUUUGAAGCUCGAUCUACAAGAGCAACUUCUUUCCAAGAUUUUGAACCUAAAUGGUAUUAGUGUAAACCAUUUACGUGCGAUACCAGAAAGGCUAUGCGACCAGAAAGUGCUUAUCAUUCUUGAUGAUGUGGACGAUUUGCAGCAACUUGAGGCUUUGGCUGAUGAAACUAGUUGGUUUGGUCCUGGAAGCAGGAUUAUCAUAACCACAGAAGAUCAAGAGCUUUUGGAGCAACAUGGUAUCAACAGUACAUACCAUGUGGAUUUUCCAACUGAGAAGAAGCUCGCAAGAUCUUUUGUAGAUAUGCUUUUAGACGGAGCUUAG